AUGAACGGUGCCUCCUCUCUCAUGAGGCCUGCAACGCCAUCUCCAACAGCUCAAAUAAUCUCAACAGCGAUCCAACAAGAGGACUGCUUUAGACAAGCUAAGAGGGAUUCUCAGCCUGGAACAAAAGAUGUAUAUCAGAAAAUUUCUCCCAUAAUAUCGAAGUCUUCAGGAGUUGAUUCUCGUUCCCCUCUCGAGUCUAGCCAGAAAGGAGUCGAAAGUUAUCAAGAGAGUAGAUCUAGAUCAAAAGCCUCACGAAAUCGCUCUUCCAGAAGUAGUAGCUCAAGCAACCAGUAUGCCGCUAGAACCUCGAAGCACUCCUCUCAAAAACUGAUGCUAUCUAAAGCCUUACAAAAGGCAAAUAGUGCAGUACUUCUUGAUAAUGCUCAAAAUUUCGAGGGCGCUAUGCAGGCAUACUCUGAAGCCUGUGGUCUUUUGAACCAUGUCAUGUCGCGGAGUUCCGGGAAUGAAGACCGUCGCAAGUUGGAAGCCAUUCACAUUACUUAUACUAUCAGGAUUAGCGAACUUGAGAAGAUUUCCCUCCAGCUAGAUGAAUUUACCAAAGAACUUCCUGCCCAGUCUGAAAGCUCUAUGCCCUUAACAGAUGACGAAGAGAGAAUGGCCCACGAGGAAAUGGUUAACGAACAGUCAUGUUUGGAACAGAUAAAGCAAAACCGUUCGAUGUCUUUAUCACAGCUUCCACCACGAAGAGAAUCACUUCAGGUUGGAUCAGAGGCAUCAACACAUAAACAAGAUUCAUUUAAAGGUCGAUCAUGUUUAAGGUUGCCAAUUGAGAUGACAAAUGAUAGUCAUGAAGAUUCUAUGAAGAGCUCAUACAUGCCCCGUCCUCUUUCGCCACGACGUCCUACAUCACCUAAAUAUCAAGAGAAUUUAGGUACAACACAACUAGAGCCGAGACAGUUAGAGACGAAAGUUUCUAAUACAAAUAACCUCUUAGAUACUAGCGGUCAUUCUCGAAUGGCAAGUAAGGAUUCCAGCCAUUGGCUUGACACUAUAGAUGAAGCAGGGAGCUCAGCUACACCAUCUAUCCACUCAAGGUCAUCUUCCUUAAAAGUUUAUAGGAAGCCUCUCCAAGCUCUGAGGUUUGAGACAGAAGUCGAAUUUGAUGCGGCACUAGAUGCUGCUAUUGAGGCUGCUUAUGAUGACGGUCUCAUGCCGAUAUAUUCUAAGGAUUUUUCUACUUCUGGUCAUCUUGAUGAUGAAAUUGUUGCCAAUGUGAGACGAAAAGUUGAGUUGGCUAAGGAAAGGGUGAGACAAUCAGAGCGCGAAGCUGCAGUUCAGAUAGCUCAUGAGCGUGAGCGAAUAAGAAUCCAACAGCAGCAUUUGCAGGACGUUAUUGAAGACGGAUAUGACUCUAAUGAAUCAGAAGAGGAAGAACGAAUCCUGGAAGAGAUGACAAGAGAUUACGCUAUGGAAAAUUUUGACAUCGACUUGUACGGCGGAGCGGCUUUGCUCCAAGAAACUGAAUCAGAAAAACGUGCUAGACGGCCCAACUCGUCAUCAUUAACCUCCAGAUCGUCGAAUGUUUUAGAAGGAUCUCCAAUACUUCAGAAUUCCUCUACCUCGAAGAACCCAACACCUGCUACACCUUUGUUGCCUCAUUUAUCUGAAGUUUCUUUACCGGAACCUAGUGAGAGAGGUUCUUCAUGUGACUUCUCGACUUCAGGUGUAAGAACUCGAAGACUUUCGGGACAAAGAGCAAAGCCCCUUAAAAUUGAAACUAAUCCCCAAUUGCCCAUGGACCAUCGACAAGAUUUGUCUCAGGCGAAGGCAUCGAACACAGUUAUUCUAGCUCCAUUAAAAUCCCUAGAAACAAAUAAAUUACACGAAUCAACACCCAAUUCUGCAGAUCGGCCUCCUACACUUCAAAUAUCUAGACAGACCUCUCAGCCUCUCAUGAACUCAUCAGAUACAAUAUCUUCCUUCACAAAUUCACCUCAACAUCUUGGUAAUGAUGUAGAUUCCCAAUCAUGCGAAGCUGAAUCCCCUACUCGAACUAAAUCUAGAAUGAGUUUGCGGAAAAAUAUGUCCUCUACAAGUUUGAAGAACAUAAAGAGCCGCAAUGUCUCGACGUCAAAUCUUGAAGACGGCUCAGACACUUCGCUAAACACCCCCGUCAGUAUACAAUUUAACGAGCGCGAGGUUAACUCAACCCAUCAGUUAAGGCCGAAUUUGCUCACACCUCUCGUCAUGUCGUUAACAGAAAGGCAAAGUCAAAGUCAGAAUGAAAAUAUGGACUUAUUUAACAACAGCUUUCACUCUCAAGAUAACUUUGGGAUGCCCUCUUACACGGAUAAAACGACACCUACACCUCUUGAAUCAUGCCCGACAGAAUAUCUUCUUCGUCCGUUUUGGCUAAUGCGUGCUCUUUAUCAGACGAUUGUACACCCAAAGGGAGGUUUUAUCACAAAUAAGUUGUUUGUUCCUUGUGACGUUUGGAGAGUCAAAGGUGUCAAAAUCAAGAAUAUGGAAGAUAAAAUAGCUAAUUGUGAAGUUUUAACGUUAGCUUUAACGAAACUUGCUCGUGUUGACUCAUUUGACGCCGAUGCAGUCUUGGAUGAGAUGCAGACUUUUGAAAGCGUCCUUGAACAAGUUCAAACGGUGUUAUCAAAGAAACUAGGGAGUGAAGUUGGUGUUCAAAAUUCAGGAAAUUUUCCCGUAUUCAAAGACACAUUUGUGGAAGCUGAUAAUGAAAACAACAAUACUUUAUCCAAGACAGGUACUAUAUCAAGUAAAUCAUCUUUUUCAUGGCGAAGACUGAGAUCGAAAAAUUCUGGCGUAAGUUUGUCAAGCAACUAUUCCAACAAAACACAUGUGGACCCGCUUAAAGAGUGUCCUACGAUCCCGACACUGCCAAUGGCCUCAAGUAUCACCAAGAAACGCCAUCUGAGGAGUGACGUUGAUAAAGUUCAAUUUUCUGGUCCAAACGCCAAUUAUAUGAGUGCGUUAGCGAGAUUAUUUGAUGCAGCACAGACUGUUGAUCAAAUUGCACGACAGGUUGAGGAUCCCGGACUUAGACAUGCAGAUAAGACUCAGGUUGGCCUGGAGCUUUGUACCCGACAUGCGGCUGAAUUCUUUGGAUUCUACAUAUGUCGGUUCGUUCUAGCAGAUAUCUCGAUUCUCAUGGAUAAAUUUAUUAAGAAGGAAAGUGGAUGGAUACUAAUUUAA